GCGCUUUCCGUUACUCGUUCCAGAUGGAAACGAUGGAUCGAGAGAUCGUUUAGUAUCGACUAAGCAUCCAUCGGUGUAGUCUGUUACAAACAUAAAAGAGGAGAUUUUUAUUCCUUCGGAAUCGGAUAGUUCCCAUUAGAUUUUCAUUUCCCUAGCAGGGACCAAAGUAAUGCUGUCAUAACGAUUACUCGAGGGAAUUGUACCGCUAAUAAGACAGUACUUGUUUCUUAUUCCUUCUGCGAUCUUCUCCAGAAACGGCAAGAUUUCGCAUCCACCAACUCCUUUGGUCACUUGCGUAGUCCGGUAGUAUACAGACGUGCCUAUUGUAAUCCGCAAUGGCGGAGACAAAUGGGGACGCAAAUUUAAACACGAAAAACGGAAACUUCAUCUGCGGUGUCGUUGAAGGCUUUUACGGACGCCCUUGGACUACUGAACAGAGGAAAGAUUUAUUUCAAAAAUUGAAAAAAUGGGGAAUGGAUUCGUAUCUAUACGCCCCAAAAGAUGACUACAAACAUCGUGCGUAUUGGAGAGAUUUGUACACAGUUGAAGAAGCAGAACAUUUGACUGGCCUGAUAACAGCUGCUAGAGAAUGUGGUAUUACUUUUUAUUAUGCCUUAUCACCAGGAUUAGAUAUUACUUAUUCGAGUGCGAAAGAAGUUACUGUACUGAAAAGGAAACUGGAACAAGUCAGUCAGUUUGGUUGCACCGCAUUUGCAUUGUUAUUCGAUGAUAUAGAACCAGAAAUGAGUGAAGCAGAUAAAGAAGUAUUUCAGUCCUUUGCUCAUGCACAAGUUUCUGUUACAAAUGAUAUAUUUCAACAUCUUGGUCAACCAAAAUUUCUUUUAUGCCCAACACAAUAUUGUGCAACCCGCGCAAUGCCAAAUGUAACAUCCUCAGAGUACCUUAAUACGCUUGGUAAUAAAUUGGCUCAAGAAAUUGAUAUAAUGUGGACUGGUCCUAAAGUUAUAUCGAGACUUUUAACUGUUGAAUCUAUAGAAGAAAUAACCGAGGUUUUAAAAAGACCACCGGUUAUAUGGGAUAAUUUACAUGCUAAUGAUUAUGAUCAAAAAAGAGUAUUUCUAGGCCCGUAUUCUGGUAGAUCUCCUGACCUGAUUCCAAAAUUGAGAGGUGUUUUAACAAACCCUAAUUGUGAAUAUGGAGCAAACUUUGUAGCAAUUCAUACAUUGGCUCAGUGGAGUAAAUGUAAUAUUGAUGGAAAAAGAGAUUUAAAUGAUUCUAUAUCAGCUGAUAUCAGAUUAGAAACUGAAACAGAAGAUGGUCUAUUAGGUGAAGAUGUUCCUUCAACAAUGUCACCAAAUAUGUAUCAUCCCAGACAUGCUUUAAAGAAUGCUAUAAACGAAUGGUUAUUGGAAUUUAACAAAAAACGGGCUGCAUGGGGUGUUAUAGCAAAACCACAACCAUGUGUAGCGCCAACAAUACCAAUACCUAUAAUUCCCUCUGUAAAUACAUGUAUGAGUCUGACAUCAACAACCACCACUACCGUUCCUGCAACACCUGCGCCAAUAACUAAUUCCAGUCAUCUUCAAGCAUUGGCUGAAGUUUGCUCAACCGUAACAACUACCGACAGUUUUGUACCACCCUCUGUUCCAGUUAUGAAUUCAUUGGUGUCAGAAACAACUGUUAUUAGUGAACCUAUACUUUCAACUACUGUAGAAAAUGCAUCAACUUCACAUGCUAUGUCAUCUAUAGAACCUAUGGAUUGUAAUACUACACCUAAUAAUUCUCCGGCACACGCGGCUAAGAUUCACACAGAGGAUGAUGCUAUGAUAGAGAAUACAUCUACAUGCAGUGAAGCUUCUGGUAGCAUGCAAGUAGAAGUGGACAGUACUUCCCCUGUAGUGAAUGGUACUCAAAUGAUUGUUGAAAAUGAUAAUGAAAAUCAUGAUACAACUGAUAAUACAGAUCAAGAAUCUCAAGAUUCUAUUGAUGCUGAUAAGCGGUUAACUCAAGAAGACCUUUCAUUACUAUGUGACCUAUUUUACUUGCCAUUUGAACAUGGUGGUCAAGGUAUAUUAUUAUUACAAGAAUUUAAUUGGCUAAAAAGUAACGCUCAUGUUGUCAUGAAAAAGCCUAAAGAGGAAACAACUGUAUCUCAGGCAGAUAUUGAAGAAUGGCAUGCAAGAGCAACGAAAAUGAAUGAUAUAUGCAAUGCCGUAAACAGAUUGUUUCAGCGACUUACAUACUGUAAUAACCGUGAGUUGUUAUAUGAUCUGUAUUCAUAUGUUUGGGAUAUGAGAGGAGUUGUAUCCCUUUUAAACAGUUAUGUGAAAUGGUUGGCGUUUGGCAGAUUCCCGUCGACGAUGACAACGUUUACCCAGGGCAGCUACACAUGGUUUUCCAAUGGCUGGAAAGAAACUUUUAUGAGUGGAGACCAAGAACCAUGGGUUUUUCGUGGAGGACUUACAGCUGAUCUACAGAGAUUAAUUCCAGUAGACAGUGGGAAUGAUCUAUUUGUUUACAAAGCACCAGAAGUGCCUAGUAGUAAAAUUUAUACAAUUAGGCCUUACUUAACCAGCGACGAGGAAGCAGUUUACGCUGUAUGCAAUAAAAUUUAUGGCUCUACGAUGUCGUCUGCAGUGGCAGAUAGAUUGAUUAGUGGCUUCCUAACUUUAAGUUCAGAACUAUGUAUGGUUGUGGAAGAUGAAAGUGGUGUGGUCGGUUAUGCACUGGCUGCCUUGAAUGUCAAGACUCACAACCAGAAACUGGCUGUUUCUUUAAUACCCGAGUUGCGUUUGAAAUAUCCGUUAGAUGAUAGUAUAAAUGAUAUGCCUCAAAACGUUCAGGAUGCCAUACGGCACUUCCAUUCAUUUGUCCCAGAUGUGUCUGAACAGUUAUGCAGACAACACCCAUCAAAACUUCUGUGCGCGGUGUUGCCGUGUUUAACCGAUCAAUCUGUCCCUAAAAGACUAAUUACGUGUAUUCUUGCUGCUCUGAGAGCAAAUGGUUCUUUUGGUGUACACACUACUAUACCAAGCACAGACAAAGAAGCACAUGAAUUUUAUAGUAAAUUGGGCUUUGUCGAUAUGAACCCAGCGCACGAAGAACACUCUGGAAUCAAAACUAUGUGUAGAAGUUUCUAACAAAGAGUUAGUACACCAGUGAUAUUUGUGAAUAAGGUCUACUUGCUUGGACCAUCUUCAAAAAAGACUUCUAACGUUUGAAAUAUUCAUAAUGAAUAUAGAAACAGUAAUUUUUAAUACGGUUCGAGAACAUUUCUGCUGCCUGUACUAUUUUAUAAUGGCAGAAUAUUAUCCGUUGAAAGGAACUUUUAUUUCUGGAAAGGAAAGGAAACCAUUCAGAGGUUACGCAUUAAAUGUCCACUGAUGAAUGGUACUUGCUUUCUGAGAACUGUCACAGAAUGUCUGCCUUCUUGAAUUAGAAAAUCACCUAAAUGUGUUUAACGAUAUAUACGUAUGUACGGUGUAUAUACAAUAUAGAAUGAAUGCAUAACGUCUGUGUCAUCGAACGAAAAAGGGAUAGUGAAAAGAGUGUAAAACGUGCAAUAGUAAGAAUUAAUGAAUCAAAGCGAAAAUGAAAUAGUAACAAAUGGAUAUGUUAAUUUUAUAAAAAUUUGCAUUUGUGUGUUGAAUUGCUAUGGAACUUUAGUAUAUAACCGGUAUGCUUGUAUAUUAAUAGGAAUACUUCUUGAAAAGAAUGUAUAUAACGUGUUAAGUGAUGUAUGAUGAAAAAAUACCAGUGUAUGUGUGUGUUCCAGUGAUAAAUUAUCGAAGCUUUUUAACCCAUUGAAGGAUAUUUUCUUAUUGAAAUCAAUCGCGUGCGCGAAUAAUUGUGAACAGGAUGUAAGGAAAUUCGGUUUUACAAACUACGUAUUUGUUAUAAGAAUGCGAGAAACGAGAUCUAGUUUUAAUAUCCGGUUUAAGUUUCUUAACGAGAACUACCUAAUCCAUAGGUAUUUUAUUGUUUCAUAGUAAAAUUUUCCCUGCAAUGUGUACAUAAAUUGGCCUUCAGCGUGUCCACUAUUGAGAUCGUUUUACCCGUUUUACAUUAUUAUUUUAAUAAUAUUGUUUUUAAUCACAGAAAUAUCGAUAUUAUAGUGACUUCUAAUUGGCUCUAUGCUUGCAACAUAUACAUGUACGCAUGUGUAUGCAUUGCCGCAGAAUGUGAUAUGUAGAAUUUUUUAGGAGAAUAGUAAUUAUUUCACUACCACCCGAAUGUAUCAGAACAGUUAACUAUUUGUAACCUGAAUAACAGGAAUUAUACAUUUUAUAUAACCGUUUAUUUUAAUAUUAAGUUCGUUACCAUCAAUAGUAACUGAAUCCUAAAAAACACG